AGCCUAUACGCAUCGGGCGAAACAGUGAGAUCUGAAGAUUUUCAGCACAAGAUGCAAGCCAUGAUUGCCCGCCCCAUGGCCUGCCGCAGCCCAGCAGUGGCAUCCCAGACCACACAGGCCGUGCGCCCCCGCGUGCUCGCCAGGGUCUCCCGCCGAUCAGUGCUGACCAGGGCGGAGCCGACCGCGGCUCAGAAGACGCUGUCCGAGCUGGAGAGGGCCAUUGCUGAGGCCAGGAAGCAGUGCGACGAGGCCACUGCCGGCGAGUGCGCCGCCGCCUGGGACACUGUCGAGGAGCUGUCCGCUGCCAUCUCGCACAAGAAGGCCCAGGCCAAGGCUGACCCUCUGGAGGAGUUCUGCGAUGACAACCCAGAGGCCGACGAGUGCAGGGUGUACGAAGACUGAGAGCCAGGAACGCCGUUUGAAAAUCGUAUGUCUCACAGCAUUGACCUAGGAUGAUAAUCUUAAUGCCAAUUAAGCAGAUUCUUUAUGUGUGGAGGUGGAUUGUUGUGUGAUGCACGAUUCAUAUGCUCUUCAAGAGUGGUGCGAGUUCAAAAUUUUCUUGGAGACGAGAGCGGUAUGCGGUUGAUAUCAAUGUAAAGUGUGCUGAAUGAUAU